AAGGAGUGAAGCUUCCUUCACUUAUGAGCUUAUGACAACUUGACAGCAUCACUGAUCACUUUUGCUGCAUCUCGAAAGUGAUUCAAUAAUUUGCAUAUUUUGUACUAACACAAACUUAAAGUUUUACUUUUCAAUUAUUGCAUUGAUUACGUGUGUUGUUCAGUAAAUAAAUAUACUUCACAAUGGCGAAAAUGGCAUUUCAGCACCAAGCCGGAACGGCUAUGGAAUGUCUUAGUAUACCAAUAACACUUCAAAAAGAAGCUGGUGUUGAUGCAGAAGGAAGGGAAGUUAUGAAAUGUGGCUUUAAAAUAGGCGGAGGAAUUGAUCAAGAUUAUCGCAAAAGCCCACAAGGGUAUACUGAUAACGGUAUCUAUGUGACUGAAGUGCAUGAAGGAAGUCCAGCAGCUAAAUCUGGAUUGAGGAUGCAUGACAAAAUCCUGCAAUGCAAUGGAUAUGACUUCACCAUGGUAACACACAAGAAGGCUGUCAGCUACAUCAAGAAGCACCCAGUUCUAAAUCUUCUUGUUGCUAGAAAAGGUGUAACAUCUACAUAACUGUUACAUAGUUUU